UUGGCCGACUUCAUUUCAUUUUAUUGGGAGGCAUAUCUUUCAGGUUGCAGAGCGGAGAACGCUAAUUGCCAGUGCCUCUUAGGAGUGAGGUACCUGGGGUUCAGGGACAGCCAACCAGCGACAAUGACAGCAGACGAGCUGGUUUUCUUUGUGAAUGGCAGAAAGGUGGUGGAGAAAAAUGCAGAUCCAGAGACAACCCUUUUGGCCUACCUGAGAAGAAAGUUGGGGCUGAGCGGGACCAAGCUUGGCUGUGGAGAAGGGGGCUGCGGGGCUUGCACGGUGAUGCUCUCCAAGUAUGAUCAUCUCCACAACAAGAUCAUCCACUUUUCUGCCAAUGCCUGCCUGGCCCCCAUCUGCUCCUUGCACCAUGUUGCCGUGACGACUGUGGAAGGAAUAGGAAGCACCAAGACCAGGCUGCAUCCUGUGCAGGAGAGAAUCGCCAAAAGCCAUGGCUCCCAGUGCGGGUUCUGCACCCCCGGCAUCGUCAUGAGCAUGUACACGCUGCUGCGGAACCAGCCCACGCCCACUGUUGAGGAGAUUGAGAAUGCCUUCCAAGGAAAUCUGUGCCGCUGCACAGGCUACAGACCCAUCCUCCAGGGCUUCCGGACCUUCGCCAGGGAUGGUGGAUGCUGCAGAGGAGAUGGGGACAAUCCAAACUGCUGCAUGAACUUGAAGAAAGACCACGUGCUCAGUCUGUCGCCAUCUCUGUUCAAACCAGAGGAAUUCACACCCCUGGAUCCCACCCAGGAGCCCAUCUUCCCCCCAGAGUUGCUGAGGCUGAAGGACACCCCUCGGAAGCAACUGCGUUUUGAAGGGGAGCGUGUGACGUGGAUACAGGCCUCCACGCUGAAGGAGCUGCUGGACCUCAAAGCUCUGCACCCUGACGCCAAGCUGGUGGUGGGGAACACGGAGAUCGGCAUCGAGAUGAAGUUUAAGAACAUGCUGUUUCCUCUGAUCGUCUGCCCAGCCUGGAUCCCGGAGCUGAACUCGGUGCAGCAUGGACCUGAGGGUAUUUCCUUUGGAGCUGCUUGCCCCCUGAGCUUUGUGGAAAAGACCCUGGUUGAUGCAGUUGCUAAGCUUCCUGCUCAGAAAACAGAGGUGUUCAGAGGAGUCUUGGAGCAGCUGCGCUGGUUUGCUGGGAAGCAGGUCAAGUCUGUGGCGUCCAUUGGAGGGAACAUCAUCACUGCCAGCCCCAUCUCCGACCUCAACCCCGUGUUCAUGGCCAGCAGGGCUAAGCUGACUCUCGUAUCCAGAGGCACCAGGAGAACUGUUCGGAUGGAUCACACCUUCUUCCCUGGCUACAGGAAGACCCUGCUGAGUCCGGAGGAGAUACUUCUCUCCGUAGAGAUCCCCUACAGCAGGGAGGGUGAGUUUUUCUCAGCAUUCAAGCAGGCCUCCCGGAGAGAAGAUGACAUUGCCAAGGUGACCAGCGGCAUGAGAGUUUUAUUCAAGCCAGGAACCACAGAGGUGAAGGAGCUGGCUCUUUGCUAUGGCGGAAUGGCCAACAGAACCAUCUCGGCACUCAAGACUGCCCAGAAGCAGCUGUCCAAGCUCUGGCAGGAGGAGCUGCUGCAGGACGUGAGCGCAGGUCUGGCAGAGGAGCUGCACCUGCCCCCCGACGCCCCUGGCGGCAUGGUGGAGUUCCGGCGCACCCUCACCCUCAGCUUCUUCUUCAAGUUCUACCUGACAGUUCUUCAGAAGUUGGGCAAAGAGAACCCAGAAAACAUGUGUGGUCUACUGGACCCCACCUUCGUCAGUGCCACUUUACUCUUUCAGAAAGACCCUCCGACCAAUGUCCAGCUCUUCCAAGAGGUGCCCAAGGAUCAGUCCAAGGAGGACACGGUGGGCCGGCCCCUGCGCCACCUGGCCGCAGACAUGCAGGCCUCCGGGGAGGCCGUGUACUGUGACGACAUCCCUCGCUACGAGAAUGAGCUGUCUCUCCGGCUGGUCACCAGCACCCGGGCCCACGCCAAGAUCAAGUCCAUAGAUACUUCAGAAGCUAAGAAGGUGCCAGGGUUUGUUUGUUUCCUCUCAGCCAGUGAUAUUCCUGGGAGUAAUGUAACUGGAAUUUGUGAUGAUGAAACAGUCUUUGCAAAAGAUAAGGUUACUUGUGUUGGGCACAUCAUUGGUGCUGUGGUUGCCGACACCCCAGAACAUGCACAGAGAGCCGCUCAAGGGGUGAAAGUCACCUACGAAGAACUUCCAGCCAUUAUCACAAUCGAGGAUGCUAUAAAGAACAACUCCUUUUAUGGAUCUGAGCUGAAGAUUGAGAAGGGAGACCUCAAGAAGGGGUUUUCUGAAGCAGAUAAUGUUGUUUCAGGAGAGCUGUACAUCGGUGGCCAAGAGCACUUCUACCUGGAGACUAACUGCACCAUUGCUGUCCCAAAAAACGAGGCAGGGGAGAUGGAGCUCUUUGUGUCUACACAGAACACCAUGAAGACCCAGAGCUUUGUUGCAAAUAUGUUGGGGGUUCCAGCAAACCGGAUUUUGGUCCGAGUGAAGAGAAUGGGAGGAGCCUUUGGGGGGAAGGAGACUCGGAGCACUGUGGUGUCCACGGCAGUGGCCCUGGCUGCGCACAAGACCGGCCGCCCCGUGCGCUGCAUGCUGGACCGUGAUGAGGACAUGCUGAUAACUGGUGGCAGACAUCCCUUCCUGGCCAGAUACAAGGUUGGCUUCAUGAAGACUGGGAAGGUCGUGGCUCUGGAAGUGGAUCACUUCAGCAAUGCGGGGAACACCCAGGAUCUCUCUCGGGGUAUCAUGGAGCGAGCUCUAUUCCACAUGGACAACUGCUAUAAAAUCCCCAACAUCCGGGGCACUGGGCGUCUGUGCAAGACCAAUCUGCCCUCCAACACGGCCUUCCGGGGCUUCGGGGGGCCGCAGGCCAUGCUCAUUGCUGAGAAUUGGAUGAGUGAAGUUGCCGUGACCUGUGGGCUGCCUGCAGAGGAGGUGCGGAGGAAAAACCUGUACAAAGAAGGGGACCUGACACACUUCAACCAGAAGCUUGAGGGGUUCACCUUGCCCAGGUGCUGGGAUGAAUGCCUAGCAAGCUCUCAGUACCACGCUCGGAAGAGUGAGGUUGACAAGUUCAACAAGGAAAAUUGCUGGAAAAAGAGAGGAUUGUGCAUAAUUCCUGUCAAAUUUGGAAUAAGCUUCACAGUUCCUUUUCUGAAUCAGGCAGGAGCCCUGGUUCACGUCUACACCGACGGCUCUGUGCUGCUGACCCACGGGGGCACUGAGAUGGGCCAGGGCCUGCACACCAAGAUGGUCCAGGUGGCCAGCAGAGCUCUGAAAAUACCCACCUCUAAGAUUUAUAUCAGCGAGACAAGCACUAACACCGUGCCCAACGCCUCUCCCACGGCCGCCUCUUCCAGCAGUGACAUCAACGGGCAGGCCAUCUAUGCAGCGUGUCAGACCAUCCUGAAGAGACUGGAACCUUUCAAGAGAAAGAAUCCCGGUGGCUCCUGGGAGGACUGGGUCACAGCUGCCUACCUGGACGCCGUGAGCUUGUCUGCCACUGGGUUUUACAAAACACCUAACAUUGGCUACAGCUUUGAGACGAACUCAGGGAACCCCUUCCACUACUUCACCUAUGGGGUGGCUUGCUCUGAAGUAGAAAUUGACUGCUUAACAGGGGAUCACAAGAACCUCCGCACAGACAUCGUCAUGGAUGUUGGCUCCAGUCUGAAUCCUGCUAUUGAUAUUGGGCAGGUAGAAGGGGCAUUUGUCCAGGGCCUUGGUCUCUUCACCCUGGAGGAGCUGCACUACUCCCCGGAGGGGAGCCUGCACACCCGGGGCCCCAGCACCUACAAGAUCCCUGCAUUUGGCAGCAUCCCUGUUGAGUUCAGGGUGUCCCUGCUCCGUGACUGCCCCAACAAGAAGGCCAUCUAUGCUUCCAAGGCUGUUGGGGAGCCGCCCCUCUUUCUGGCUGCCUCCAUCUUCUUUGCCAUCAAGGACGCCAUCCGUGCAGCCCGAGCUCAGCACACAGACAAUAACAUAAAGGAACUUUUCCGGCUAGACAGCCCUGCCACCCCGGAGAAGAUCCGCAACGCCUGUGUGGACCAGUUCACCACCCUGUGUGUCACUGGUGCAACGGAAAACUGCAAACCCUGGUCUCUGAGGGUCUGAAGAGAACGUCCCCAGCAGAGUCUUCUUGUGCUGUGUGGGAGCUUCCAUGGAGCAGAAGCACGUACUGCAGAACCUGGAUCUAUAAAAGUCGCAUGAUGACAAAGCUGUGACUCAUCAGGAUGGCAUUUGGAAGAAAAUUGAAUGCAUUGGAAGAUUUUGAUCAAAAGCAAAUUUAGAACUGUUAGGCCUAAGUGGUGAAUAUGCAAUUAUGGUCAUUUCUGUUUUAAUCAUGUAUUUGAAAUAGGUUUAGGAAGAGUUGUCCACUCACCGGACAGCCUGCGUAACUUCAAGUGCUGAUGGUGUCUGUCCUUCAAAGAGGAUUCCCACAAACCUUCAGAGGUUCAGACUGAAGUUACUCUAAAUCUGUGUGCCUUCCUCAGAAAGCCUUUUCUUUAAACCAAUGAACCUCAUAUCAUAACCUCAGAUCCAUACUCAAAUUUUGCAGUGAGGCAGUGGGUGAGAUUAAAACCUCUAACUCCCUCUGAGUCACUGGAGAAAAUAAAGAAUAAAACAAA